CUAAUUAAAAGUGGAUGGGUAUGGUAAAAAAAUCAAUCAAUUUAAUUGAGGUAAACUGCAUAAAUAAUAGUUAAAGCUAAAAAAAGAGGAUCUGUUCAUUGUUAUCAAGUGACAUCUAUGUACCUCGGUGGGGGGAAAUUUCAUCCAGCAUCAGCUGUCGACAUAUUAAACAACGAUAUCGUUAAACGUUGAAGCACAGCAAGAUUUGAAAUUGUUCAGAGUUCAAUUUAAAUAUAUGGUGUUAUGAUUAUUACGAAUUAAUAUGCACAUUAGAUAAAAAUAUUAUAAAUUAGUUUAUGUCAUAUAGAAAUGUUAUUUUCUUAAUGCCUAUGAACAUUUUAAUUGAAAAUUGUGGAUUUUUGAAUGUUGUUUGAAGUAGCAACAAAGGCGCGUACGCGAACUGUCAGAUGUGAAUGAAUGAAUGAUUUAUGUGGUGAGAGUGAGCAAGAUACAGAGAGACGUUGUACGUCGAUACUGCAGCAGAGAGAGAUUCAGGGAAUGUAGUUCGUUUAAAAAGUAAAGAAGCGAACAGAACAUUUGGGGGUCUUGUUGACUCCAUCAUUCGAUAAAAAAUUGUGGAGCAUUGAACAACGUUUUUUAAUUUUUCAAAGUUUUCUAAGACACGGAAUUUUUGAUCACAAAGGGAUGCAAACACGUUUCGAAAAGAGCAAUUGAGUAGGAAGUGCUUAAUGGUUUUGGAAAACACCAAAGCAACGGCACCAGCACCACAGUACAGAGACAAUUUAUUUUUAAAUAAAAACUGAUAACACACGAACAAAUACGAAGUCGUCGACAAUAAAUUAGCAAUCAUGUCCGCGGCUCCACUUGUGGCCAAUAAUGGUUCCAGCAGCAAUGCGGCGUCGUCCACGAUGGGAGUACCUUCAAGGGACAUGACUGGUUCGAGUCUAUUCCAAUAUUAUAUGGAAAGUUUUUUUAAAAUUCCAAGAGAGAUUAAGAAUGAUAUAAUCUAUUGUCAACGAGCACUGAAGGCUCACAUCAAGGUUCAUCAGAUGGUCUUGGAAGUAUUUCAGCAACAGCCCGAUGCAGAUCCUCAACAAAAGAAACGAAUCAUAGAUGAACUGGAAUCGGAAAUUUAUGAAAUUAAUGCAGAACAAAACUUUCUUUUAAUGCGACUUCGACGUGUCAUUGAUGAGUUCUAUAAAAUGCUUAAAAAGAAUGGCAUACCAACUGAUGUCAAUGCGACCAAUGCAAUUGUCUCUAAGGAGAUUGUGCCAUACAUCAGCGAUGGAAAAUUGGACAUCACACCUUUCAAUGUUAUGUUUCGAAAUACGGAAGAGAAACUUAUCGAAAAGUAUUUUGAAGUUCAGAAAGAUGGCCAAGAGGAAAAGCCAGUAACCCCUCCACCACCACCUGCUCCAAAGACUGAACCCCGAUGCAUGGAAGUUAUCAAUUUGGAUGAUGAUGGAAAUGUUAUUGAACAAAAGAUAAGCAAACCUCUAAGCAGACAAAGGGCUCAUAAAAGGGAUCAUCCAAGUGCGAGUGAAAGCGGCGAAAGUCUAUUAAAAAGUGUAAACAUGGGCUACAGCGGAAAUUUGCCACAAAAGUCGCUUCUAAAACCAAUGAAUCAAAGGGUAGCCAACGAAACAGUGCCACAGGCCGAGGUGAAAUUGAAAACAAAUAAGAAUUCUAUAUUGGAUGAUGUCUACUACAAUCAGCGGAGUAAAGAUGAAAAAGAAGAGAAACCAGUGGAAUUGCCAGUUUCCACUAAUGUUAGAAUGAGCCGCCUAAACCUUAGACAAGCACUUAAAAGGGCACAGGCUGCUGUAAGAGGGCCAACAGCAGCAACAGCCACGAUUACAGCAUUCGCUCCGCCGCCGCCACCGCCACCUCCGGUUCAUACACAGACCACAGUGGUGGCAUCAAGUAAUCAAAAACCAGCUAUGCCCAAAGGAAGGCCUUCAAAGGCAACUUUAGCUGCAGCUGCGGCUGCUGCUGCAGCCGUAGCUUCUAGCACUCGUAAAUCGCCAGAUAUUUCGUCUUCGUCCGAGGAAGGUACCCCUGAGAGGGGUCCAACGCCACCUCAUGCGUAUUGGCCGGAUGAAUUGGAGGAGACUCGAACUAACGCAGAUGAAUAUGGCCAGGAAAUGUUUUUGCAAAUCUUUGAUUUGUUCACGCCAGAAGUCCAGGCUCAGAUGCAACAGAGACGUUCAAAACGCCGACGCCGUUGUGUCCAGAAUAAUAAUUACCACUAUGGGUCACAGGCUGGAGCCACUGGGUCUAAUGAACCUGAACCGAAGAAGAAACGCAAGGCUUUCCUUUUGUCCCCUCAAGUAAAGAAAGCUCUUCCCAGCAAGCGCAACAAAAGACGUAGUGCUGACAAUGCUUCGGACAUUAAUUCUGUGCCACCAUCUCGAUCGGCUUCAAGUUCUCCUCAAGAUGACAAGCGUACAUGCAAUGAGUGCUUCAAAGGGGGUUACAACCUAGAACAAUGCGAUCAAUGUAAAUCCAAUUACCAUCCUCAGUGCCAUCGCGAGGAGGACGAAGUCAAUAAUGCCACCUCUCGGGAUCCUAAAGAAUUUUUAAAAGAACGGAAGCUAUGUCCAGUUUGUAAAAAAAACAAUGCGAAAUUAAUCAAAAAAGAGGUUUUGAUCAAUAAAAAUCUACAAAAUACCGCACAAGACUUGGAAUUAAAAAUGGCAGAAGAAAAGACUCGUCGGGAGGUUUUACAGAAAACGGGAAAAAUGUACAAGAUACAGAUGAAUAAUCUUUUUAAAAUUGUAAACUCCUUGAAAUCGGAAAAUAUUGGCACAAGCAUACAAGCCUCAUCAUUCACCACCUCCAGCAAAGUUUCUUCAUCCACCACUACUGGAAAUGAUCAUGUUAUAGAAUUGGAUUAGAGCAAUGAUUGAAAACUCCACCCUAUUUGGAUAGGAGUGGAGUUUUUGGUUUUUCACAACUUUCCACUUAACUAUUUUUAUCCCUUCUUCACCCUUUCUCUCCUCUUUUCUAAUAAGUGUUGCUGUUACUUUUUGCCAUGAAUGAAAAAUUGCGUUCUUGUUGUUUUUUCUUUGAUUUUUAAAAAGCAACUACUUUUUUUGCAGUAGAUGUGUAUUACCAAUUACCUAACACCAAAUCAUGUUAGUAGCGAUUGCAUUUAAUUUUAAUUUGUUAUACUUAAGUUUUCCCUUCGAUAAUUAACAAAAUGUUC